AUGAUCAUUCUACAGGAACUAUCGAUAGCUCCACAAAUUCAGAGGAACUAUUACUGGCUCGUCAAAUUCAGACGCUUCAUCCACCACACUCCCACCUUUAAAAUCUCAAACAUCUCCUGGACACAAAUCAGAAACAACGCCAACAAAUGUGGAUACAACUCAGCUCCCACUAACAAGCCAGGGUUCAUCUACAACAAUAAUGUCCUCAACCACAGAGCCAGAGUCUACAUCUCUCCCACUAACAAGCAAGAAUUCAUCUACAACAACAAUGUCCUCAACCACAGAGCCAGAGUCUACAUCUGUGACAAUGAUGACAUCCACAGGAACCACUGGAUCGAUACAAUAUCUACAAUUCCUCAGUGCAGAGAUGAGGACUGUCACUGUAACGGAGGAGAGUGUAUAUUCAGUGGGACACUGGGCAGAUGUUAUUGCCACUGUCAAGAGUCAGUCUAUGGAGACUCCUGUUCUUUUGGAGGGAACACGACAUCUGCUAAUAUUGAUACUGGGAAAUUACCAACUCGACAGGCAAAUGUUACAUUGAGAAUCAACAUACCAUUUGAAGAUGCUUUUUAUAAUUUAAACUCACAUCAGUCAGUAACCUUCACCAACAAAUUAAAAAAGGAGCUUGAAGCCCUGUGCAAAGAAGCGGAUCCUCAAGCCUUUAAAAAAGUAGAAAUCAAAAAUUUAACACAAGGAAGUGUUAUUGCUGAGAGCAUAGCGGAGUACGUCUAUCUGAACAAUGAAACGCAAAUCCAGUUUGUCAACACUGAGCUAGAUGGGGUGUUGACCAACAUCUUGAAUGACACAAAUAACCUCAAUAAGAUUUCUCAGGCCUUUGGUGAUGCCAAAGUACAGUUAAAUGUACUCAACUUCCAGCCACCUUACAUUAAAAAUGUCACAGACUUGGAGCCAUUUGUUAACUGCAGUCAGUUUGCUUAUUACACUGCUGAGACUAUUGAUGGACAAUGGCAGUGUUUUGGACCUUGCCAAACAAAACCUGAUUAUUGUCAUCAACAUGGGAAAUGUAUUAAUGACAUUCACAAGGGGCCAAUCUGCCAGGACACUUCUACAACAUCAUCAUCCACAGAAAACAACGCCAACAAAUGUGGAUACAACUCAGCUCCCACUAACAAGCCAGGAUUCAUCUACAACAAUAAUGUCCUCGACCACAGAGCCAGAGUCUACAUCUGUGACAAUGAUGACACCCACAGGAAUCACUGA